CCUGUGGUCCCCUCGAGCAGAGGAGGAUAAAUCCCACUCUGUCGCCUUUGCCAGCAUUCAGCUGCCGGAGGGGACCCUUUACAGGGCUGGACAGAAACACGGAGGAUUUAUUACAAAAAGCAGCCUGGUUCUGCAGAGAUGGAGCCUUUCCAAGACCUGUAUGAGACCCCUGGGGACAGGCUGGACGCCUUCCUAGAGCACAGCCUUCAGCCCCAGGGGGACUGGAAGGAAGAAGGACAGGAUGUCUGGCGCAGAAUGGAACGGUUCUUUCGAGAACAGUGCUUCCGUGAUGAGCUGGUUCUGGACCAAGAAAUCAGUGUAUUGAAAGUGGUAAAGGGAGGGUCCUCAGGAAAGGGGACAACACUGAACCACUGCUCUGACCAAGAUAUGGUUUUGUUCCUGAGCUGCUUCUCCAGUUUCGAAGAUCAGGCACAGCACCGAGAAGCCAUCAUAAACUUCAUCGAGGAGAAACUGGAUCAUUGCAGAAGAAGCCUGGCCUACAACAUCACUGUGGUCCAACACAGAGAGGGGAAAAGGGUCCCUCGCUCCCUGACCUUACAGGUCCAGCCCAAGAAGAACAGUGAUACCAUUCGGGUGGACGUGCUCCUGGCUUUCGAUGCUCUGGAAUCCUGUUGCCUGGACUCUAAGCCAGCAGCAGAAAUCUAUGAAAACUUAAUAACCACUGGAGGCCACCCUGGGGAGUUCUCAUCGAGCUUCACAGAGUUACAGAGACACUUUGUGAAAAGCCGUCCUGUUAAACUAAAGAACCUCCUGCGGCUGGUGAAAUUCUGGUACCUGAAGUAUGUGAAAUGUAAAUAUGGAAGAGCAGCAUUGCCCCCAAAAUAUGCACUGGAGCUACUGACCAUCUAUGCCUGGGAAAUGGGUACGGACAAAAGUGAUAACUUCAACAUGGAUGAAGGUCUUGUAGCUGUGAUGAAACUUCUCAGAGAUUAUGAAGACAUCUGCAUAUACUGGACCAAGUACUAUGAUUUCCAAAAUAAGAUUGUCAGAGACUUUAUCAAACAACAGUUGAAGAGUUCCAGGCCUAUAAUCCUAGACCCAGCUGACCCCACCAACAAUCUGGGAAAGAGAAAAGGAUGGAACCUAAUGGCCAAAGAGGCUGUUCACUGCCUACGGCAAGUCUGUUGCUUGACUGAAGACCCUAGCCAGAGCUGGCGUGUACAGAGAGCAAGGGACGUGCAGGUGACUGUGAAACAGACAGGGAAAAAGUCCUUGUCACUCUUGGUGAACCCCUAUAGCCCCAUCUGGAAGAUGAAGGCAGAGAUCAAGAGAACAAAGGAGAGGCAACUGCGUCUCUCCUUCCAAGAACCAGGAGGGGAGAGGCAACUGCUCAGUAGCCAGAAGACCCUGGCAUAUUAUGGGAUAUUCUCUAAGGUGAACAUCCGAGCGCUGGAAACCCUCCCUCCUGAGAUCCAGGUCUUUGUGAAAGAUUCUAGUGGCCAGAGCAAGCCUUAUGCCAUCCAUCCCGAUGACACCAUCCUUGACUUGAAAAAUAUAAUUGAAGGUGCUGGAGGACCUUAUGUGGAAGACCAGAAAUUGAUGUUCCAGGGCCGCCAACUGAAAAAUCAUUGCAUCCUUUCAGACCUGCAGAUUGAGGAUUGUGACACCAUCGUGCUCAUUAGGAGAAGCUGAAAGUUCCCAGGAGUACCCGUGGCAGGCUCAUGAUGUAGAUUUUCAUGUCUUCUCCCCUAUCCUAUCCCACUCUUUUCAACUCAGACCCUGUGCUCUUUCUGAAGCCUACAUACUAACCUACCCCUCUCUUGCUUAAAAUACUCCAUUGCCUCCCCAUUACCUACAGAAUGAAGUUCAAGUUUCCUUGCUUGGCAUUCAGGGUCCUUGACAAUUGAGGUGAGACCCUGCUUACUUCUCUAUCUCCCCUCAUUGCUCAAAACACACCACAUGUUCCCAAAUACUUGUAAUUCUAGAAUACUGAAUGAAUGUUGGGUCAUA